AUGCAUGAAAAUUCAACGGACAAUCUACACAAUCCUGUGUCUGCUGCCAUAAACGAUCAUACAUCGUCACCAUCCUCAAUGCACUCUCUCGAACUAUCCCAACAAACCCAGAACUCGCUACCUGUCGAAACUACAAAGAAGUCGAUUCCCAAAUCAUCGUCUCUGGCUCGAUUGUCAGCCGUAGCCCAGAAACGAGUGUCCCUCAGACCGCCGGUCAACAACGAUCCUCGACUCUAUUCCAAAGGGAAAAAAAGAUGGAUCCUAGCCUGUCUAGCACUCGGAUCUUCACUCAAUGGACUCUGUUCGACAAUCUAUUUUCCUGCCUUACCUCACAUCACAAAAGAUCUACACACAAAUUCGGUGGGCAUGUCUCUGACAACAUCCCUAUUCAUUCUAUUCGGAGGUAUCGGUCCUAUUCUGUGGGCCUCGAUGUCAGAUUUCUAUCACAUAAGAAGGACACUAUAUCUCAGUUCAUUGAUCGUAUUCAUCGUUGCAUCUGUCGGUUGUGGUUUAUCGGGAAAUGUCUGGGUUCUUGUGGUUUUACGUUGCAUACAAUCUGUAGGAACAUCAGUCACAAACUCUGUUGGUGCAGGAACUGUGUCUGAUUGCUGGGAAGUAACCGAGCGAGGAUCUGCCUUUAGUAUACUAUUUCUCGGUCAAUUCUUUGGUCCAUUGAUAGGUCCAAUCAUAGGAGGAGGAAUCACUACAGUACUUGGAUGGAGAGCAACAUUUUGGUUUUGCGCAGCUUAUGGUGCUUUUUUGUUUUGCUUCUUGUUUGUAUUCUUACCCGAAACCUACCGUGUCGAACAAAUAUGGGAUGCUCAUCUUUUCCACACUCCAGAACCAAAGAAUCCUCAAACAGAAGCAAAGACGAGUCUUACUGCAGUGUCUGGUCUAUCCGGUAUAUCUGGCCAGCCAGACCAGUCUAGGUUGUCUAGGCUGUCUAGGCUGUCUAUUUCAGAUGAAAGUAAUGAACAUACUCAGGUCGAUUCUACCAGAGAUCUUGAGGCAGCCGAUAAUGUCGAUCAAACCCAAAAUGAAAUCAAUUUGCCUUCAUCCUUAAGAGAUCACCAAUCGACAGCAGAAAAGCAGUCUGUGCAGCGUCUCAAUCCAUUCCAAAGCAUAACAAUGCUGAAACAUGUGUUCGUAUUGCUUGUAGCAAUACAGACUGGUGUGUGCUUUGGCACAAUGUUUACAGUAGAAACUAUUAUCCCUGAUCUCUAUGAAAGCACUUAUGGUCUCAAAUCGUGGCAGACAGGUCUAAGCUUUGUGGGUGCUGGCGUGGGUAAUUUGAUAGGAUCUUUUGUGUCCGGAAGACUGUCUGAUUAUUUACUCAAGCGAGCUCGCCGUCAGCGUGGUGGCAAGUCAAAAGCAGAAGAUAGGCUGACUUUGAACGCAUGGCCAGGUGGAUUUGUUCUUGUACCCCUUGGAGUACUUAUUUUUGGCUGGUGUAUCCAUGCACAUCUUACCAUCUGGGCAUCCAUGAUUGGAUUUGCUAUUGUUUGCUUUGGAAUGAGUCAAGUCUAUGCAUCUGGGUCCGCUUAUCUAGUAGACGCACUGCCAGGAAAGGGUGCUUCUGUCACAGCUGCUGCAAACCUGCUUCGUAUGGUAAUGGCUUGUAUACUGAGUUUAAUAGCUCAUCCAGUAGUCGAGUCAAUCGGUCCAGGGUACCUCGCUACAAUUCUGGCCAGUCUUAAUAUCAUUGGAAUGUUUUGCUUUGUGUUUGUCAAGCUAAACGGCCAAAAGAUGAGACAAAAGUUGACGUUUGGAGAAGUGUAUUGA